CGAUCCUUCACAGACUGCACAGAGCAUCGAGUAAGAAAAUAAAAUCAAACAACAAGGAAGGGUUUCUGCGGUCCAGCCUGUAACUCAAAACUUAAUGAAGAUAAUUCAAGAAAAUCUUGAAAAAGCCGAAAGAUAAUAAUUUGAAAGAAAGUAAACUUGUGCUGUGGGAUGUGUAUGUUGGAACAAAGUGCAACAGAGUGACAUUGAGAAGAGAGACGGAGGACGCAGAUUGUAAUGCAGGCCUUCAUUUGGAGCUGAAGAAAUGCCCACCUGGCUGUUCGUCUGCUUCCCCUUCAUACUGACGUAUGAAAUUGUUUUUGGUGUUUAGCACAUCUUUCUUACUGAGUGAACUAUGAAGCUCACUUACAAUAAAACAUUUUGCCUGAUGGUGCUUUUUAUGGCGGCAGCUGCACUUUAUCUGAACAGCGUGUGUUUUGAGAGAAGUGGGAAGAACAAACUUCUUGAAGACAUUCAGUUAUUGUUACGGCAAAAUAAAGAAAUCCUGAAUUAUCUGAAAAGGAGAGACGAACACUCAGAAAAGGAACAGAAUGAAGAGUUCAAGGAUGCUCCAAAAAUGAAGUCAAGGAAAGUUACUAAGAAACUUUUCCCCAGUUCCCCUCUGUUUGUGGAGUGGGGAGGCGAGUUGUCUGAGAAAGAACAAAGGGAGGCAGAAAGCUUGUUUCUACAAUAUGGGUACAACGUUUUUCUAAGUGACAGGCUGCCCCUGAACAGGGACAUCCCAGACACCAGAGAUCCCAGUUGUGCAAACAAACAAUAUCCAGAGGACCUUCCAACCCUGAGUGUGGUUCUAAUUUAUCUGAAUGAAGCCCUGUCCAUCCUGAAGCGCGCCAUCAGGAGUGUCAUUGACAAGACCCCUCCUCACCUGUUGAAGGAGAUCAUUCUCGUUGAUGACUGCAGCACAAAUGAUGAUCUGAAAGACAAACUUGAAGACUACAUCAGGCUGAUAAACAAGCAGCGUCCCUGGCUGGUUAAGCAGGUGAAACAUGCCAAACAGAUGGGGCUGACCCAGGCACGGAUAUCUGGAUGGAAAGCAUCUACAGGAGAUGUUGUUGCUAUCUUGGAUGCCCAUAUUGAAGUUCAAGUAGAAUGGGCUCAGCCAGUUCUUGCCCGGAUUAAAGAAGAUCGCACCGUGAUUGUGUCACCAGUCUUUGACAGGGUGAACUUCGACACCCUAAACGUGGUCCAUUAUGCUACUGCAGCUCAUGCUUUUGACUGGGCAUUGUGGUGCCUUUAUGAGUCGUUUUCACCCGAUUGGUACAAACUAAAUGAUGACUCCAUUCCAGGAAAGUCUCCUUCUAUUAUGGGCAUUCUCUUUGCAGACAGAUUAUUUUUUGGAGAAAUUGGUGCCCUGGAUGAUGGAAUGAAAAUCUAUGGUGGAGAAAAUGUGGAGCUGGGAAUUCGAGUCUGGCUGUGUGGGGGCAGCGUGGAGGUGGUCCCCUGUACCCGCAUUGCCCACAUCGAGAGGGAGCAUAAGCCGUAUCUCCCAGACCUGAGCAUCACAAUGAAGAGAAAUGCCCUAAGGGUGGCCGAGGUCUGGAUGGAUGAAUAUAAAAGAAAUGUACUCGUUGCCUGGAAUCUCCCAAUUAAGGAUCACGGUCUUGACAUUGGUGACAUUUCAGAAAGAAAGAAGCUCAGAGAAAAGCUGCAGUGCAAGCCUUUCAAAUGGUAUCUGGAUAAUGUGUACCCUCAGCUUGAUCUGUGGGAAGAUCUUCUCGCAUAUGGAGUUCUCAAGAACACUCUGGAAGAAGGACUUUGUGUUGAUCAAGGAGCAGUUUCAGGAAGUGUGCCGAUAAUCUAUGGAUGUCAUUACUAUACCACACAGAACACAUACUAUCAUAGGAAUGGUGAGUUUUAUAUUGGAGGAAUAAAAUCACAUAAAUACAACAGCAAUCUCUGUUUAGUGGAUCAUGGGAAUUCCAACUCCCCAGCUUUACACGACUGCAAAACAGCAAAGGAGAAAGGCUUCAACAUGCUCUGGGACUUCAAACAGGGACAAGCAUUUAGAAACAGAGAAACGAAGAGAUGUCUUGAAAUUACAAAGCAUAACUACUACCAUUUAGUCAUUCAAGAAUGCACAGGACAGGCCUGGAAAAUACAGCAUGUUAUCCAUGAGUUUUAACGAACGUUGGAUCAAAGGA